AUGGGGCUUCGCUGGUUUUUAAGCAGUACUAUGUUUGAUGGAAAAUUUAUUGGGUUGAUUUCUUCCAUCUUUGCAGGGAAAUCCAUGAUGGCAAGACCAGAGGAGCAGAGACCGCGAUGGACCGAAGAAGAGGACCAUAAGCUCAUUGAAUGUAAAAGCAGAAAUCCCCAUCUAUCUUGGCCAAAUAUCGCAAUGCUGGCAGGGCUGGAGAGGAGUGGCAAGAGUUGUAGGGAGAGGUGGAAUAACAGUUUGACGGAAGACAAUACCCUGCAGUGGCUUCAUGGGAAUAGGGCCGACCGCUGGAACAACCAUGGGAAGAAGCUUGGGAUAAGUACUCAUCAGAAUAUUCCCAACCACAAAGCUCUUUCAUCUGAACCAGAACAUUUCAAACGCAAGCUCCAUUCCUACACCCAUUUCAGCCUCACAAGAACUCGCCAACCCUUGCUUCAGAAGCCUAGCUACCUAGAAUUUCUUAAGGAUGAUGAAAUUAUCGAUCACUCUGUCUAG